UGUAACACAGUCUGUCUCGCAAACAUCCGCUGUAGUUUGCAGGAUUAUGAAAGCAUGACUAGUGACCACAUCACGUUAUAAGUGCGCCAGUGGACUCUCAGCAGACAGAUGGCCUCGUGUGGAUGGCUUAUCUAGGACCGCGGCUCGGACCGUCACGCAUCUUCCUCACCGGCAGUGUGUCCGCCUGCAGGCUGCUCGGCUCGGUCGGGAUGGCCGACAUGGGUCUGUCACUGAGUCGGUCCUCGCUGGAGCGGCUCCACUUCGACAACGUCGCCCUCAAGAAACUCCCGCUGGACUCUACGGAGGAGCCGGGACCGCGGCAGGUGAAAGGAGCGUGUUUCUCCCGGGUGAAGCCGACGCCGCUGACCAAGCCUCGGUUCGUGGCUGUGUCGCACGAAGCCCUGGCGCUGCUGGGGCUCAACGGGGACGAGGUGGUGAACGACCCGCUCGGACCGGAGUACCUCAGCGGGUCCAAAGUCAUGCCCGGCUCCGAGCCCGCUGCUCACUGCUACUGCGGACACCAGUUCGGCCAGUUCGCCGGGCAGCUGGGCGACGGGGCGGCCUGCUACCUCGGGGAGGUGAAGGUGCCACCCGAACAACAUCGCGAACUGCUCCGGGAAAACCCGAGCGGCCGGUGGGAGAUUCAGGUGAAAGGAGCUGGACUGACUCCUUUUUCCAGACAAGCUGAUGGCCGUAAGGUCCUGCGCUCCAGUAUAAGAGAGUUCCUGUGCAGCGAGGUGAUGUUCUUCCUGGGUGUCCCCACCACCAGAGCGGGCUCUGUAGUGACCUCCGACAACACGGUCGUACGAGACGUGUACUACAGCGGGAAGCCUCGCCAUGAGAGAUGCUCUGUGGUCCUCCGUAUUGCUCCCACCUUCCUCAGGUUUGGAUCCUUUGAGAUCUUCAAGCGGGCCGAUGAAAACACGGGCCGCCAUGGUCCCAGCUACGGACGGGACGAGAUCCGAGUUCAGAUGAUGGAUUAUGUCAUCGAGAUGUUUUACCCCGAGAUCCAGCAGACUCACCCAGACAGGGUGGAGAGGAACGUGGCUUUCUUCAGAGAGGUGAUGCGCCGCACGGCUCGACUCGUGGCUCAUUGGCAGUGUGUGGGUUUCUGCCAUGGAGUCCUGAACACAGACAACAUGAGCAUCCUGGGACUCACGCUGGACUACGGUCCAUAUGGCUUCAUGGACAGGUUUGAUCCAGAUUUCGUUUGCAACGCCUCCGACAACUCCGCCCGAUACUCCUACCAGGCCCAGCCAGCCAUCUGCAGGUGGAACCUGGUGAAGCUGGCCGAGGCUCUUGCUCCAGAGUUGCCGCCAGACCGGGCCGAGGCCGUCAUGGACGAGUACCUGGAUCUGUAUAACGGCUUCUACCUAGAGAACAUGAGGAAGAAGCUGGGCUUGUUGAAUAAGGACGAGCCCGAGGACGAGAUCCUGAUCACGGAGCUGCUGCAGACCAUGCACAACACAGGUGCUGACUUCACCAACACCUUCCGCAGUUUGAGUCAGAUCUCCUGUCCCACCGAGGGACAAAGUGAGGCAGGUGAGGAGCUUGUGAAGAAAGCCACAGACCUCCUGCUGGAGCAGUGUGCCCCCUUAGAGGAGCUCAAGGCCGCCAACAAACCCUCUAUGGAUCCACGUGAGCUGGCGAUGCUGCUCUCGAUGGCUCAGAGCAACCCGGCGCUGUUCCAGAUGAUCUCAGACAGGACGACAAUUGCGAGGCAGUUAGACCGACUCAGCAAACUGAAAGACCUGAUGGAGACCAGCCAGGAAGAGCUGAAUACCAAACAGGCGGAGGAUUGGAGCCGCUGGAUCACACGCUAUAGGAAGCGUCUGGCUCGGGAUCUGGAAGGCCAGAGUGAUGUACUGGUCGCGCAGGAGGAGAGGGUGAGGGUGAUGGACGGCACCAACCCUCGCGUGGUGCUCAGGAACUACAUCGCCCAGAAUGCAAUUGAGGCUGCUGAGAAUGGAGACUUCUCCGAGGUACAGCGGGUCCUUAAGGUUCUGGAGAAGCCCUUCUCUUCACAGCCAGGUCUGGAGCUCCCUGUGUGGGCGGACGGAGGCGACGCCACCGAACAGGGGGAGAGGGACGAGGGAGAGGAGCAACAGCGAGAGGCAGCAUCUUCAUCCACAGCCAAAAAUCCUGUUCCCUAUGACAGCAAGCCCCCGGCUUGGGCCCAGGAAAUCUGUGUCACUUGAUCUUCGUAAUAACUUCCUUGAUUGUUCGCUUUCCUGCCUAAAACGAUGAGAGAGUUUAUUGUUCUUUUAGUUCAUGUUUUUGUACCUUUUAUGUCUCUUCCAACCACUAUACAACUCUCUAUCACUUGGGCAGGCAGCGUCAGGGAAGUUAAUGCACGAGGCACGACACCCCAUAGAGCGACCUAGCCGAACCAAAGCAGACAGGGAGGGAGUUGAAUUUGGAGGUACAAAGUAAUGCAUAUAGAUACAAAUAUGAUGUUGCAGGUGAAAAGCUUUUUACCGUAUCUGAAAUGUGCCAGGAAAUGGCUUUGAAGUGAUUAUUUUCUUCCAUUGCUUGACAUUCCUGCUUAAAACAGAAUGUUUCAGAAUGCUUUAACAUCAGAAGUGACUUAAAGGGGACACAUCAUGAAUAGCUCACUUUUUCAGUGCUCGUGCACAUACCCACAUUUGGGUAUCUGGAGUUCCUACCAACCCACAAACUGUGAAAUAAGACAACCCAGUUAGUUUUUUUGUGGG